GCCUGAAGUCGCCCCGCUUCUACCAUAACUACUGCAGGCCUUUUUUGUCGUCCCUGCUCGUCUUUUUUAGAAGUGCAUUUUUCUUCCUGCUGCGACCAUGGAGUCUGGCGAUGCAGGUCGAGGAGGAGGAGGAGGGUGGAAGUCCAGACCCAUCCAACCACAGAAAAGCAAAAUGAACAUGACUAUUCUCCGUCAAGAAAAACUGAUAGCUCAGAAGAAAAAAGAGAUCGAAGAAAGAAUGGCAGAGCAAGCAAAAAUGAAUGUUCAAACCACUAGCAAGCCUCUGUCUGAAAGUUCUACCAGUGUCCAAGGGGCUUCCACAAAUAAGUUCGCAAAUGAUGGGAGCUUCUUACAGCAGUUCAUGAAGAUGCAGAAGGAAAAGGCACAUGUGUCUGGUUCCAUCAAUGAUGCCAAGACCCCAUCAACCCCAAUUUUAUCACCAGGAGGAAAUGCGCUACAGAAAAAGAGCAUUUUCGUUGGCCAGCGACCUGGCCUUGGAGUCAGCAGCAUGCUAAAUCAGUUCAAGAGCUUCUCACAGUCCAAGAAGAAUCCUAUUCUCAGCCAGAGGCCAAGUGUCUUUUGCUCUCCAGAUGGUGAAGAUGAGGAAGAAGAGGCCGAUUACUCCAAAUUCUUAGAGAUGAAAGUCUCUCCCCCAGAGGAUUCAGACACCAGACUCAUUAUCGACAAGAUGGCUUCUUUUGUGGCCGAGGGGGGACCUGAGUUGGAGAAGAAGGCCAAGGAAGACUACAAGGACAAUCCUGUUUUCUCUUUUUUGUAUGAUAAGAGCAGUGUGGAAUAUCUCUACUACAAGAAAAAGAUUGCAGAAUUGAAAAAGGAUUUGCAAAGACCAGAGAAACUCUCAGAUAAUGUCUCCCCCCCAGUGGACGCGGAAACCCAGCAGGUGGCUGAGAAGCUGGCCAAGUUUGUGGCGGAGGGUGGCCCAGAGGUGGAAGCCAUCGCUGCUGAGCGCAACCGAGACAACCCAGCCUUCAGUUUUUUAUAUGAUGAACAAAGUCCAGCCCACCGUUUCUACAAAGAGAAAGUAAAGGAGUAUCGUGCUGCAAACUCUCAGAACUCUGCAGAUUUAACAGGAGAUUCCAGGACAGCUGUUAAGCCACCAGCUGCUUUUCCAGUACCAGAAAUCUCUCCGCAGCAGAGCCAACCAUCUGCACUUAACUUUAAGGAGUCAGAAACCCCACCUGUGAAACGAAAGAGGAAGAGCAGAUGGGGGUCUGAAGAUGACAAAGUUGACCUGCCUAUUCCUCUCAUUGUUGUUCCUCAUGAGAACAGUCUUCCAGACCCUAACGCACCAUCACUUUCUGCCCAGGAGCUGAGAGGUCUGGGUUAUAAAAAAGGGAAACCUCUUGGUCUGGUUGGAGUGACAGAAUUGUCUGAGGACCAGAAGAGACAAUUGAAAGAACAACAAGAGAUGCAAGAGAUGUAUGACAUGAUCAUGAAGCACAAGCGUGCGAUGGCAGACAUGCAGGCGAUGUGGGAGAAGGCCAUAAGAGAGCAUCAGCACGAGUAUGACAGCGAUGAAGAGGUGGACCAGCAAGCGGGGACCUGGGAACAUCGGCUCCGAAAGAUGGAAAUGGAGAAGACUCGCGAAUGGGCUGAAUCUCUGACAGAAAUGGGUAAAGGGAAGCACUUUAUUGGUGACUUCCUGCCCCCAGAGGAGCUGGAGAAGUUUAUGGAGACUUUCAAGGCACUAAAGGAGGGUCGGGACCCUGACUACUCAGAAUACAAAGAGUUUAAGUUGACGGUGGAGAAUCUCGGUUUCCGAAUGCUCAUGAAGAUGGGCUGGAAAGAAGGCGAAGGCCUCGGCAGUGAAGGACAAGGAAUAAAGGCCCCUGUCAACAAGGGAACUACGGCUAUGAAUGGAGCAGGAUUUGGAAUUGACCGCCCAGCUGAGCUCACAAAAGGUGAUGAUGAAUAUGACGCUUUUAGAAAGAGGAUGAUGCUCGCCUACCGCUUCAGGCCCAACCCACUGAAUAAUCCACGGAGACCAUAUUACUAAUGUAGACAGCUGUUUAUGUUUAUACUUGUUCUUCUUUAUUGUAACUUAAAAGCUUUUUUUUCCCAGUUGCCACAGCUCUGCUUCAUUACAAAAUGAACACUGUUGCACAGUAGAAAUUUUGAAAUACUCUGUGUGUGUGUGUGUGUGUGUGUGUGUGUGUGUGUGUGUGUGUGUGUGUGUGUGUGUGUGUGUGCCCAAGAGGAUGACGAAGUUUGAAAAUGGAAUAAAGAUCUGUAGAUUCUUUAGUUUGUUUGGUGUAAUUACACACCGUCUUUCAGUAUUUGAUCAUCCAUCCAUCGAUUCGCUUCCGCUUAUCCUUAGCCCCCCGCGUAUUUGAUCAUCUGUGUUAUAUUUCAAUUUAAGAUUGUAACAAAUACUGUCCUCACCCGACUUCUAUAAUAAGUAAACUCAUUACAUUUUUUUGCUUUACCAUCUAAUAAACUCACUUCUGCUUUAGCACACAAUUUUCUGUAUAAUUUUGCUUACUGUGUUCUGUAACAGUUUUGAUUAUUUUCACUAUAUGCUACAGUUUCUGCAAUAAAACAGCCACU